ACAGAGAUUCGAAACAGAGUUUGUAAGGAGAAAGCGAUCACUUUCUUACCCCUGCAUGUGAAGCCAUGCAAUGUGCUCAAACUAUACCCAAUAUACAUACAAAGACAUUAAUUACUCAUACAUACAUACAUACAUACGCCAUCUCCUUCUGAUUAUUCGUUAGUUUCUUCUUCAAAAAACCAAUGCAUCAUUUCCGUUUUCGCCUCCCUUCUUUCUUAUCCUCCGAUCCUCCCUCUCGUCGUCCUCCUCGUCCUCCUUUCCGCCCUGCAGGCGUUGCUCGGCCAUCCCCUAAGGCUUCUUCGUCGGCUGAAAGGAGUGAAAGUUCAUGGGCGGGAGCUUCCACGAGCCAGCAUGUUUCUACGUCGAGGAGAUCGAGAGUCGAAUCCCGAACAAAGAACGAAAACGCUGGAGAGAACGGUAAAAGCACAGACGAAGGUCAAGGGCAACAGAAGAAGAAACUUGUGAUCCAAGCAAGGAAAGCUGUUCAUGAGGGUAGAGAAGAUGCCACUGAGAGCAGAAUCAUAAGGCCUGUUUCCGCGGCAAUGGAGCACGUAACGGCGAUAGAUCAUACGGAGACGAAAACGCAGAAAGCCGAGAGAUCGGAUAACGAUCCGAAAUCAACAAACUUACCAAUCCAUGCAAGUGGAGAGGGCUCUUCCUCCAUGAGCAGAAAGAUCAAACAAGACAUCAAAGACGGUAUCAGCAAGCUAGCUUACCCUGGUAACGACGAGAAAGCCGUGACAGUGGUGACUUUAUCAGGCGAAAACAAAGGAGCAACGAUGCAGAUAGCUUCAGACAUGGCUAAAUCAGACAGUGCAGUCCACAUUCGCCGCGGAUACAGAAGCAAUCCAGACGAAAGCCCUUACACGACCUCAACAGAUGACGAACAAGGACGGAAACACCCAAAAGAACAAGAAGAAGAAGAAUCUCUUGUUAAGGCAUAUGUCAACUGCAACGCACAGAGCAUCAACAACUCGAUCGUGUUCCAAAGCUCUGUUGCAGAAAAUGACCCAGGAGCUCAUGUGAACUUACGAAUCGACGAAGCUAAGAAGGCAAGUGGGUCGCCGGAGAAGAAGCCGACACCUCCGCCGCCGCCGCAACCGGAGAAGAAGCCGGUGAAUGAGCCGAGGGUGAGGAGAAGAUGUCUGAGAGGGCUUUUGGCCGAAUCGACCGAGUCGGAGACAGAGAAUCCUCUGAAGCCUCGGCGGCAUGGUUGCAGAUUCAGGUGCAAAGGCAAAGACAAUGGCUCUGAGAUUUUCUGAAGAAUCUGAGACGAUGAUUUGUGUACGUACUAAUAAUUUCAUUUUGUGAUUUAAAUUGUGAUUUAAUGUAAUAUU